AAGAGGCUUGUAGAAGGGAGGUGGCUGGUGGUAGAGGAGCCGUGGCUGGUGAUCCAGGAGCCGACAGAGGAGCGUUAAAAAGGAAAGAUAUUCUGACACCUGCUACAACACGGAUGGACCUCAGCAACGCGUGCUCGGUGGCAGAAGCCGGUCACGGAAGGACGAACACGAACAACAUCAGUGCACUCAAUGCCGCUGAACUGCACACUUCACCGCGGUGACAGUGAGCAACCCGCAGCCUGACAGGAGCUGACGGUCAGCCCUUCUCAACCCCCUCGCCCCUUGGGUUGGACAACUUGGCGGUGUAUCCUCCACUGUCUCCCAGAAGAACAGAGCCCCAGCUGCCUGUGAACCUGCUCCGUUUACCCUCAUGGAUGCCUGCUGGCCUCCUUCCUUUCCCGGUGUCACUUCCCAGUUACCCACCCCCCUCCAGGGCGCCCUGGGAUCACCUUCCGGGUGGACCAUUUGCCUCCAAUUCCCCGUGUCAAGGUCUGCACCUAAAAUGACACUUCAGUCGUUCACCCACCUGUCAUUUACUGAAUGCCCCCCCACCCCGUGUGCCAGGUACCAUCCCAAGGGUUGGGGACACAGCAGUCAUGGGGCUGCCGUCACAGUGACCUCGGCGAUUUGUACAAAUGUGCAAAGCCAUGUGUAUCAGGAUGGUCACCCCGGCAUAAAGCUGUAGACCAGGGCAUGGGCACUCUCAGAGAGAAGAGGGCCUCCUAUCUGUCUGUCUGUCUUCGAGCUGCCUGUGGUGGAGCCCACAGACACUUGAAAGAGGCCGGGUCUCCAAGGGUCGCGCCCACUACAGGGCUUCGCAGAGGAACCCAAGCUUAGGGGGGGUCUCAAUCCUCGAGGUUUCAAGCCUCGGGUCUCGGACUGUCUCCAGUCUAGUGAACUCGUGAGCCUCCCGUGGGGGAGGGGUCUCAUUCCCCCACUUUGUCAAGGUCCCCUCUCCCUUCAGUUUUGCAGACAGAACGGGUCAAAGUUCACCGGAUGCCUCCAGGCUGAAAGGGUGCUUUGCCAGUGUAAGAGCCAGCUCAGGCCUUCUCGGCCAGGGAGGGAUGAGUGGGGGUGGGGAGGCAGCCAUCCUUUCUAGAAGCUGCCCUCCCAGACCAGACUCCAGCCCCAGAUCCCAGAGCCUUCCAGCCCUUGUGCCGCCACCAAGACCUGGGAGCAGCUUACCCAUCCCCUGAAGUCCGGAGAAGGUCUCAAGGCUGGGCAGGGCCAGACAGGUAAGCACCCCACUCUGCUCAUCCUCCCUUGGCUGGGUGGUCAGAGCAGGAAGGGGAAGCCCCCUCCCUGCCCCUGGACUCUGUUCCUCUGGAUUUGGUUGUGCCUCAAGGCCAGGUGGCUGCCCCUUGGGGUGGGGUUGGGGGCAAGGAUGAGGAGGCCCUUCACCUGUUCCUGACAGGGUCUCUACAGCUUAGAUCCUGGAAGGGGGCCCACAGGCCGGCUUUGGGAGCCACGCAGCGCCUCCGGGGGGCCCCCCUAGUUUCCCUGGCUGCAGCCCGGCCCAAAGUUCUAAGACCUCUGCCCUCCGGCCCGCCCCUCACCCUCCACGAUCGUGGAGAGCUGGAUUCGGAUUGCCCUCCUCCCGCAAUCCCUUGGCGUCUGAAGUAGGGGGCGACCUGGGAGGACCCAAAGGGAGGCGGAGCCGAGACGUCCCCGGGGCGGGCGGGCGGGGCGGCUCCCGGGCUCCUGUCCCGCCCGCCCGCCCUGACUCACCCAGGCUGGCCCGGGAACUCUGCGGGAGUCCCGGCUGCUCCGCUCCCAGGGACCCAGGAGUUGGGCCCAGCGUCCCAGCCAGAGCGGUGAGUAGGAGGCUCCCCGUCCCUGGGGACCGGGUGGCGGGGUGGGGGUCUGGCCCACGUGAGGACCACCCCAGGUGCCGCCGGCACUGCCGCCUGAGUCCGCGGCCCGCCCGCCAGGGACACAAGGAGCUGGGGAGGGGGUGGAGGCGGCGAGAGACUCGGCCUUGGCCAGACCUAGGGCGCCUGUCAGGGAGCAGGCCAGCCUGGCCAAGGACAGAUCAGCAGGCUGGGGGAGACCCCCAUGGGGUCUUGGCCAUGUUCCCCUGGACGCCCCAGAACCCUACCACUGGGGGUCCCUACCAAGUUGCCCUCCCUGGGACUAUUAAACCUCAAGACUCCCUGACUCCCAAGUCCUGGCUGGGCAGCUUGGAAAAGUACUAGGUGGAGAGUCCCCAGGCCUGGGGCCUGACCCAAGAUCUGCUACUAGGGGACCCCUACCCCCACCCCCGACCUUAGUUUCUCUCUUGUGUAAAAGUCAAAGGUUGGACCUGUGUGCUUCAAAGCCCGUUUCAGGGCUGACAGUUACCCCUGUGUCCUCCUUGCCCUUUAGCACGGGUUGUGGGCGAGGAGGGGGGCUGGACCCCGAGCACCCACCACUGCCCCCAGGAGGCAAGCUGGGAGCCUAGGGAGGGUCUGAGAGGGGAGUUGCAGGGGUGAGGCAUGGAUAGUAGAGCUGAGGCUAGGUAGGGGGCACGACCCGGUCCCAGGCCGACCAGAACCCCCAGGGCCUGCCCUGCAGAGCAGCCCUCCGCCCAUCUUUUCUCUGCGAGAACAUUCUCUGCUAGAACACUCUCCUCCGGGCUCCUUUUGGCAAAGAUGCUGCAUCCCAGCGAGAGGUUCUCACCCAAGAUGAAGCAGACAGGGCGCUAGGGGACAGAUGAGACUUGGGAGUCACGCCUCACAUACCGCUUGUAGCUGUGAAAGCUUCAGCUGGUUCCUUCCCUCCCCUUGAGUCUGGAAAAUGAGGGUUGUGGUGCCCUCCCUCCCCCAGAGUGGGGAUUAAAGGAGGCACCGGAAGCAUCUGGUGGCCAUAAGUUGCGUAUGGCCGUGCUGUUGUUUUCCUCUGGGCUCCCCAUCCCUGGAGCCCUCUGCCCAGGGCCCUCCCGCCAGCCCUGCUCAGACAAAGGGGGGGCCGGCCUUGUGUCUGUGGAAGCUUAAUGGCAGGUUCAGACCAUCGAGUUUGAGUCAUGGAGACAGAUAAUGAUAACCCCAGUGUCUGCCUCUGAUGGCGUUGUGUAUAUACCUUGUUCCGUGGGAGCCACUGGGCCAUCCACUGGGGACCCUCGGUGUCGCCGCCGUCUUGCCUUUGAUUGUAGUCUUGACCUGGUGGAUACUGCAGCUUCCGCCACUGCGAGAUGGACCCAGGCAGGAAGUUGGUCCUCGCCUGUGUACGUGGCAUUUCUGUCGCAGCCCCAACAGCGGAGCCGUGUCCCUCACAGGAAAGAUGAUUCCGGUGGCCGAGUUCAAGCAGUUCACGGAGCAGCAGCCCGCGUUCAAGGUGCUCAAACCCUGGUGGGACGUGCUGGCGGAGUACCUCACCGUGGCUAUGCUCAUGAUCGGGGUCUUCGGCUGCACCCUGCAGGUGACACAGGACAAGAUCAUCUGUCUGCCCAGUCACGAACUCCGGGAGAAUUUCUCAGAGGCCCCCUGCCAGCAACUGCUGCCUCGGGGCGUCUCCGAGCAGAUGGGGGGCCUCCGGGAGGUAAGCGGCCUCAAGAACAAUCUGGACCUCCAGCAGUACAGCUUCAUUAACCAGCUCUGCUACGAGACAGCCCUCCACUGGUACGCCAAGUACUUCCCCUACCUGGUCGUCAUUCACACGCUCAUCUUCAUGGUCUGCACCAGCUUCUGGUUCAAGUUCCCCGGCACCAGCUCCAAGAUCGAGCACUUCAUCUCCAUUCUGGGCAAGUGUUUCGACUCUCCGUGGACCACACGGGCCCUGUCCGAGGUCUCUGGGGAGAACCAGAAGGGCCCCACCACCGGACGGGCGACAGCGACAGUGGAGGCCUCGGCGGGGCCGGGAAAAGCCAAUGAGGGUGAGAAGGAAAAGGUGCUGGUGGAGCCCGAGAAGGUGGUGACUGAGCCACCAGCCGUCACCCUACUGGACAAGAAGGAGGGUGAGCAGGCCAAAGCCCUGUUUGAGAAGGUCAAGAAGUUCCGCGUGCACGUGGAAGAGGGGGACAUCUUGUACACCAUGUACAUCCGGCAGACGGUGCUCAAAGUCUGCAAGUUCUUUGCCAUCCUGGUCUACAACCUGGUCUACGUGGAGAAGAUCAGCUUCCUGGUGGCCUGCAGGGUGGAGACCUCGGAGGUCACGGGCUACGCCAGCUUCUGCUGCAACCACACGAAGGCCCACCUCUUCUCCAAGCUGGCUUUCUGCUACAUCUCCUUCGUGUGCGUCUACGGGAUCACCUGUCUCUACACCCUCUACUGGCUCUUCCACCGGCCCCUCAAGGAGUACUCCUUCCGUUCUGUGCGGGAGGAGACGGGCAUGGGUGACAUCCCCGACGUCAAGAACGACUUUGCUUUCAUGCUGCACCUCAUCGACCAGUAUGACUCCCUCUACUCCAAGCGCUUUGCCGUCUUCCUCUCCGAGGUCAGCGAGAGCCGCCUGAAGCAGCUCAACCUGAACCACGAGUGGACGCCCGAGAAGCUGCGGCAGAAGCUGCAGCGCAACGCCCGUGGCCGGCUCGAGCUGGCCCUCUGCAUGCUCCCGGGGCUGCCCGACACCGUCUUCGAGCUCAGCGAGGUGGAGGCGCUCCGGCUGGAGGCCAUCUGCGACAUCACCUUCCCCCCGGGCCUUUCGCAGCUGGUGCACCUGCAAGAGCUCAGCCUGCUUCACUCGCCCGCCCGGCUGCCCUUCUCCUUGCUGAUCUUCCUGCGGGACCGCCUGAAGGUCAUCCGGGUCAAGUGUGAGGAGCUCCGCGAGGUGCCCCUGUGGGUGUUCGGGCUGCGUGGCCUGGAGGAGCUGCACCUCGAGGGGCUCUUCCCCCCGGAGCUGGCUCGGGCGGCGACCCUCGAGAGCCUCCGGGAGCUGAAGCAGCUCAAGGUGCUGUCUCUGCGGAGCAAUGCCAGCAAGGUGCCAGCCAGCGUGACCGACGUGGCCGGGCAUCUGCAGCGGCUUAGUCUGCACAACGACGGGGCCCGCCUGCUGGCCCUGAACAGCCUCAAGAAGCUGGCGGCGCUGCGGGAGCUGGAGCUGGUGGCCUGCGGGCUGGAGCGCAUCCCCCAUGCCAUCUUCAGCCUGGGGGCGCUGCAGGAACUUGACCUCAAGGACAACCACUUGCGGUCCAUUGAAGAGAUCCUCAGCUUCCAGCACUGUCGCAAGCUGGUCACGCUCAGGCUGUGGCACAACCAGAUCGCCUACGUCCCCGAGCACGUGCGCAAGCUCCGGGGCCUCGAGCAGCUCUACCUCAGCCACAACAAGCUGGAGACCCUGCCCACCCAGCUCGGCCUGUGCUCUGGCCUCCGCCUGCUGGACAUCUCCCACAACGGGCUGCGCUCCCUGCCGCCCGAGCUGGGCCUCCUCCAGAGCCUGCAGCACCUGGCUGUGUCCUACAACUCCCUGGAGGCCCUGCCGGAGGAGCUCUUCUUCUGCCGCAAGCUGCGGACGUUGCUCCUGGGCUACAACCACUUGAGCCAGCUCUCGCCCCAGGUGGGGGCCCUCAGGGCCCUCAGCCGCCUGGAGCUCGAGGGCAACCGCUUGGAGGCUCUGCCAGAAGAACUUGGCAACUGUGUGGGGCUCAAGAGAGUGGGGCUCCUGGUGGAGGACACCCUUUACGAGGGCCUGCCAGCAGAGGUGCGGGAAAAAAUGGAGGAGGAAUGAAGCGAAAGGUGGGGCAGGUUGGGGUAGAGGCCUUCUGGAUGCUUCCACCCCAGAAUCUCUACUAUCGUCUUCAAGCGAGGUGGCCGACAGGGCCCAGGCCAGGAGACGAGGAGCAGACACAUCAGCCUGGGGGGGGGGGGGGGAGGGGGGGGAGGGCCCAGACAAGAUCCUGGGAUUGGUUUGUCCGAGAAGAGACAGGAGGCUGUGGAUUUGGGGUGGACCGUCGUAGAGGGAUCAACUCAGUCACAGGAGUCUCAGACCAAAAGCACACCUAUGUCUUUGGCUGGCUGUCCUGCCCUCCCCCCGGACAUUCUAGCUCAAUUAGUGCCGUAUGUGGGGGUGAGGCACAUCCCAAUGGGAUUUCAACCCUUUCUCCCCCAACCCAAACAGCUUACAUCUGCGGUUCUCUCCCAAGGAGGGGACACGGACACAAGGGACCAGCGACCCCUGCCCCCAACUUUGAUGCCAAUCCCUUAUUUAUAAGUUGUUUGCUAUGGACACGUGAACUCAGUAAAAUGGUCCUCAUGUUUGGCCUUGCAUCAAAAUCAACAGCCCCAGAACAAAACAUCCCAGGCCCCACCCCUGAAAGACUGACUCAGGUCUGGCUGGAGGCCAGGAACUUGUCUGUAAAUCAGCAUCCCAGGUAAUUCUGAUGCAGGUGGUCCUAGGCCUGUACGUUGGGAAACGCUGACCUACAGAAUCUGGAUGUUCAGAGCCGGGGUUCUGAACCCUUUUGAAGACCUAGGACUUUUGAACAUCUUAUAAAAGUUGGGCACCUCCUUGCCCAGGAAAAUGUACACACACAUGCAAAAUUCCAAAGCUACUUCAGGCCGUCAACAGAUUCCCCCAGAUUUCCCAGAGGGCCAUUCACGGACAUCCUAAGGAUAGCAGACUCCAGGGUUAAGAACACCUGCUGUGGAAUUUACAUGUUUCUGAGAACAGGCAGGGACUUUGUGUCUUUCAAAUGUUCUCUGUGUGAGGGAGCAUCUAUCAGUGGGUGGUUAAUAAAUAAUACUAUGAGAACUAAAAUUCUGAUCUCUGGUAUCCACUCCUGUUGUCUAAGCCUUCCAUUUCAUCCAGACCAAUGACAGGCAAGCAGGGACACUAAUGUGCCAGAAUGAAGGGUAUGAGAUCCGUCCUGGGAGCAAAGACAGACCUCAGUAGGAGAAAUUAGGUGGCAUCUUCUGCUCAGCUUUUUUUCUGGAGAACCCCUUUUCCUCUCCAUUCCUUGCUAUUCUCCGGACUCCAGUCUUUUAUCUGUUCCACCCGUUAAGUUGUCACCAUAGGGGUCCCCACAAGCCUUCAAUGCCCACCAGUGAUCCCGUGCGGGCCCGGGAGUAGGCAGGGCGUAUGGCACAGCCUGCCUGACCCUGACUUCCUGGGACUGGACACCUCGAGAUGUCUGCAAAAUGUGAGCCUCUUCCUGGCAACUGAGAGCAGAGACAAGCUGCUUUCCGAAAACCAGGAUUGCAGAUGGGGACAUUUUUCCGGCACCCACCAUGCCAGUUAAGCCGCGAGGAUGACAGGCUGAGGGGCAUUAACACCAAAGCCCAUCUACUGCACUGUCCAGACGCUGGGCUCACAUUCUGGGGCGGGAAGAUGAGGGAACGUCUUAAAAUGUCCCAGGUGGGUCUGGCCUGGAACUCUCUGGCUAUGACCCUGGCCCUGUGGUCGAGGUCAGGGGUCAUGCCGCUGGACUCCUAAGGCCGCUACAGUGACCUGAGCCCUACCCCGUCCCUCCCGCCGGUCCUUAGCCACCCCCGAGUUUGCUGAAAUAGAAAGGGCUCCCCACGGGUGCCUAAUUAUGGGGAGGAGGCAGCAAUUAGGCAUAACAGCGAUCCUAAUGAAACACUGUCCCGUAAGAGAAAGGCAGUCCUGAGGGAGCGUGGGUGCCAGAGAACAGGCCGGGCGGGGAACAGCGAAAACGAGGCUGAGGACACAUAGCAAGAGCUACUCCCAGCAACAGCGGCCGCGGAAAGAGCCAAGGUUGCGCAUGCGCAGCAAAGGCAAAGCGCGGGAUUGCGUCUACCCCUCUGCACGCAGGCGCGCCGCUUUCCCCGCCUGCCGCGGUCUGCAGAACCGUGAAUGGAUUUCAACACAGCGCCUCUCCAGAAAGGGCUCCGACUCCGCGCAUGCGCAUCACGAUGAGCGGCUUUGCACGUUGCUCGACGCGAACUCU